AAGGGAAGGGAGAAGUUGUUGGGAUAGGGAAAGGAUGUGAGGAAAAGUGCUGGCUGGCAGCCGGGAGGAUGCAAUGGCGGCUGGCAGAGGAGCUGUGGCACUGCCUGUGAGCCAUGGAGACAGCCCUGCCGCGCACCCCUCGCUAGUUUGGGGGCAGCAGUGGGGACUGACGGGGGCCAGGACCCGGGUGGCAGCAGGGCACCAGCUCCGGAGCUCCUCCAGGCACCCAGCGCUGCUCCGGCUCCGCUUCCCGGUGCGGGGGAUCCGGCUCUGGAUGUGAGGGAUCGGUGUCCACAGGGUUGAGCGCCGCCGGUCGCUGCGUGCAGCUUUCCUCCGGGUCAGCGCCGUGUGAUAAGAUUUCGGAGCCCUGCUCCGAGCCGUCUCCUGGUUCCUCUCGGCUGCCUGGGUACCACCAUGCUUCCUCGCUGGGCAAAGCAUCCCUUUGGAGCUUCCCCUAGAGCCGUGCCGAGGCUGCGGGAGCAGGAGAGACCCGCCGAGCCCGGGGACUACAGGCUCACUCCGUUGCUCGUGGAUCCCGAGAGGACGAGCACCCACAUGAUCUCGGCCGAUGAUGCCGAGUACCCGCGGGAAUACCGGACCCUGGGCAACGGCACCCGGCGCUUCUCCAAUGUAGGGCUGGUGCACACCUCGGAGCGCCGGCACACCGUCAUCGCUGCCCAGAGCCUGGAGGCCCUCACCGGCCUCCAGAAGUCGGAGAUGGAGCGCAAGAGGGAUGCAUUCAUGGACCACCUGAAGAACAAGUACCCACAGCAUGCACUGGCGCUCCGGGGGCAGCAGGAACGUAUGCGGGACCAGCAACCCAACUACUGGAGCUUUAAGACAAGGAGCUCCCGGCACUCCCAGGGCUCCCAGCCUGGCUUGGCCGAUCAAGCCAAACUCUCCUUCGCCUCGGCCGAAUCCCUGGAAACCAUGUCGGAAGCGGAGCUGCCCCUGGGGUUCAACAGGAUGAACCGGUUCCGGCAGAGCUUGCCCUUGUCCCGCUCCACCAGCCAGACGAAGCUGCGAUCCCCAGGGGUCCUUUUCCUGCAGUUUGGGGACGAGACGAGGCGCGUCCACAUCACCCACGAGAUCAGCAGCAUGGACACCCUGCACGCCCUCAUUGUCCACAUGUUCCCCCAGAAGCUCACCAUGGGGAUGCUGAAGUCUCCCAACACGGCCAUCCUCAUCAAGGACGAGUCGCGCAAUGUCUUCUAUGAGCUGGAGGAUGUCCGGGACAUCCAGGACAGAAGUAUCAUCAAGAUCUAUCGGAAGGAGCCUCUCUACGCUUCAUUCCCAGCCUCACACAUCACCAAUGGUGACUUGAGGCGGGAGAUGGUGUACACAUCCAGGGAGUCCUCUCCCACCCGCCGGCUCAACAACAUGUCCCCGGCUUCCCACCUCGCCUCGGGCUCCCCUCCACCGGUGCUCCAGUCCUCGUCACCAUCCCGCUCCCGCAUGUCCUACAGCGGCGGGCGCCCGCCCUCCUACGCCGGCAGCCCCGUCCAUCACAGCGAGCGCCUCUCCAACCUGCCACCGGCGCAGGGCGUCUCGCCCAGCCCCAGCGCCAUCCUGGAGCGCCGGGAUGUGAAACCGGAUGAGGACUUAGCCGGGAAGAACGUGGUGCUGAUGAAGAACGAGGGGCUCUACGCCGAUCCCUACGGCAUGGUGCACGAGGGCCGGCUCAGCAUCACCUCCACGCAGUCCUUGGCUGGCAUGGGAGACCCUUUUGGCUACUCGGGGGGGCUGUACAAGCGCGGCUCCGUGCGCUCCCUCAGCACCUACUCGGCGGCCGCCCUGCAGACGGAGCUGGAGGACAACCUCUACAAGCCCAAUGCCCCCAUGUACGGCGACACGUACGGCCCCGGUCUGGGUUUCCGGAUGCCUCCAUCCUCCCCGCAGAAGAUGGCUGAUGGGCGGCUGGUGGACGUGCAGCCGGGGCAGAGCCCGCACAGCCCCUACUCGGGACCCCCCAGCCGCUCCUCUCCUGUGCGCCAGUCCUUCCGCAAGGAUUCCUGCUCCUCCGUCUUCAUGGAGAGCCCUGUGAACAAGCCGCGUAACCCCAGCUCCUCCGGCCCUCCGGAGCUCUUUCCUGGCCCUGGGGAUCGCCCGCUCUCGGGGUUUGGCUCCCCUGGACCAGCUAAAGACACGGAAACAAGAGAGCGGAUGGAGGCGAUGGAGAAGCAGAUCGCCAGCCUGACGGGGCUGGUGCAGAGCGCGCUGCUCCGCGGCUCCGAGGCUGAGACCCCCAGUGAGAAGACAGAAGCCACCAAUGGUGGGACCCCCCCAUCAGCGUCCACCAGCCGCAGCAGCAUGGGGACACCGGUGCCCGCACCACCGCCGCCCUCCGCCAGCAGCACCCCAGCGGGGCAGCCCACGGCCAUCACCCGCUUGCACAUGCAGCUGCACCUCCACGACCUGCAGCAGAACGCCAGCGACCUCCGCAACCAGCUCCAGCAGCUCAAGAAGCUGCAGCUGCAGAACCAGGAGAUGGUGAAGACGAUGCUGCGGCGGACGGAGACGGAGAUCAGCGUGCGGGUGACGGACACCAUGCGCAAGCACGAGGACCCGCUGCAGCGCCAGCGCAGCUUGGUGGAAGAGGAGCGGCUCCGCUACCUCAACGAGGAGGAGCUCAUCACCCAGCAGCUCAAUGACCUGGAGAAGUCAGUGGAGAAGAUCCAGAAGGAUUUGACCCACAACCAUCGGCUCGUCCCUGUGCAGGAGCUGGAGGAGAAGGCAGUGGUGCUCAAGCAGCUGGGGGAGACGCUGACAGACCUGAAGGCCCAGUUCCCCAGCCUGCAGAGCAAGAUGCGGGUGGUGCUGCGGGUGGAGGUGGAAGCUGUCAAGUUCCUCAAGGAGGAGCCGAACCGCCUCGAUGGGCUCCUCAAGCGCUGCAAGACGGUGACGGACACCCUCGCCCAGAUCCGUAGGCAAGUGGACGAGGGCGUGUGGACGUCCCCCAGCAACCUGAGCCAGUCCCCUAAGAAGGUGGCCCCCGAGGCAGACUUCAGCAAGGGGCUGGAUUUGGAGGUGCCCACCAGCCCCCCCGUCAGCCUCCACCACCUGACUGCGGCCACUGAGACCCUGGGCAUGCCCGGCUUCGGGCACAGCCCCCCCCAAACCCAAAGCCAUCCCUCCAAGAGUAACAACCCUUCCCGAGCACCGGAGAUGGUGCCAGCCAAGACCCAGACGGGCCCCGAGACCCCCAGCAAGAAGAGCGCAGACAAAGCUGUAUCCGUGGAGGCUGCCGAGCGGGACUGGGAGGAGAAGCGAGCGGCACUGACCCAAUACAGCGCCAAGGACAUCAACCGCCUCCUGGAGGAGACCCAAGCCGAGCUGAUGAAGGCCAUUCCCGACCUGGAAUUCGCUGCCAAGCACAAGCAAGCCCCAGGCAGCGGCAGCACUGCAUCCACCCCCGAGCACAAACCCUCCAAGCCGCAGCACGCACCGAAAUCGGGGGGCAAAGGAGACCCCAACGGCCGCAGGGGCUCAGACGAACUGACGGUGCCGCGGUACCGGACCGAGAAACCUUCCAAAUCGCCACCGCCUCCCCCUCCACGCCGGAGCUUCCCCUCGUCCCACGGGCUGACCACAACCCGCAGCGGCGAAGUCAUCGUCACCAGCAAGAAAGAACCCGGGUUUAUAAAGAAGGCCGAAUCGGAGGAGCUGGAGACGCAGAAGCCGCAGGUGAAGCUGAGGCGGACGGUGUCGGAGGUGGUGAGACCCGCGUCCACCCCUCCCAUCAUCGCCUCUGCCAUCAAAGACGACGACGACGAGGACCGCAUCAUUGCGGAGCUGGAGGUCUUUCAGAGGAGCUCUGCCUCCCCUUUCCUCCCCAAGCUCCGAUACGAUGCUGCCGUCUCCCCUGGGCACGCAGACUUGUGGCCCAACGGAGCCUGCAUUGAAGGAUGGAAGGAGCCGGGGAGCAGGCCCUUCUCCCUCCCGCAGAUCGUGCUCACCCAGUGGGUGUCAGAACCACCGUCCCCCGAAGCCGAAGCGGAGGUCUGGGUGGCAACGGGCAGCUCGGAGAAUGGGGACCUGUCUGGCCCCAUAGGAGCAGGAGGGGUGGGAAGGAAAUGCCAGGGGUCCGCUGGCAUCUCCGGUCCUGGGGACCCUCCAGGCUCAGCCCCGCAGCCCCUGAGCAGCCCAUCCAAGUCCAUCCGAGCCCAUCCAAUGGGCCAUGCCCAUGGAGCAGGGGAGACCUGGAGGUUCCCUCUAGCAGCCAGCAAGGUCCUGCCUUUCUCAAGGCAUAAAUUGAGCUGCCCCAUGGUGGGAGAAGGAGGAGAUGGUGCUCUGGAUGCCUCCAGCAAGCAAGAAGGCAGCAGCAAGGUUUCCCAUCGACGUUCCUUGGUUGCACAGCCCCAGCGAGAAGCAAUGGGUCCUGGAGCUGGAGAAGCAGUGCUCCCCUCCACCAGUGCAAGCAGCAGGAGGCUUGGUGCUGUCCCCCAGCAUCCCAGUGAUGGGGACCCCCAAGUUGGAGCUGGGCAGAGCAAACAGUGGGUCUCAGUCCCACCUGGAGACUCUGCGUGGAGGGAGGACAGCUCACCAGCCCCAGCCUGCCCAGUGCCACAUCCUGGAGCUUCCCCAAGCAGAGCUCCAGCCCCGUGGGGAAGUGGACAGUCCCGGCCUGAACUGCCCCAUGUCACAGCAUCACCGUGCCGGGGUGGCACAGAGGAUGCUGGGGUUGGGAGGAAGGCAGCAGAGGGGGUCUGCAAGGGGCAGUUGUCCCCUCGCUGCUCCAUGAGCCCGUGCAGCAAGGAGAUCUAUGAAGGCACGUACCAGAGACUGGAUAGCCUGGAAGAAACCAUCCGUGAGCUGGAAAUAACCAUCAGUGAGAUCAGCAGCCACCCCGCCGUUGAAUCUGUAUUCCCUAAAGAGCUGCUCGGACCAGCGGGAUCCAAGGAUGCCCGUGAGGAGACCAAGGAAGGUGUGGGGGAUCUCAGACACGGUAGCUGUGAUGAUGGGACUAUCCUGGACCUCAGUCAGGCCAGAGAUGAUGCUCCUAAGAGCCUGUCUCCAAGCAAGACCAAGCCACCUCUGCUACCCAAGCCACAGAGCGGUGGCGUCUCCAUCCCGGCCAUGAAGGUGGUGAACCCGGCAUCCCGGCUGAAGCAGAGCCAGCAGGGCAGCCCCGACAAAAGCAAGCACAUAAAGCAGCGGAUGGAGUACAUGCGGAUCCAGGGCCAGCAGCAGAGCUCUCAGAGCUUCACUCCACCAGUUUCACCAGCUUCAAGCAAGGAGGACACCGGGCAGCACCCAACCCCGCUGCCCAUGCGAGCAGCACCCAUUCCACCCCGGAAAGGUGGGAAACAGCUGCCGAAGACACCCCUCCAUCCGAGCGCUCGCUCCCGGCCCUCACCGAGCAUCCCGGCCGCCGCGACACCGAGCCAGCAGGAUGAGAGGAUGCUCGGAGCUCCGGCCAGGUCUUGGCGAUGGGUGGCGGGUGGCGCGGCGGCGGCGGCACCGUGUCCUUCACCGGUGCCAUCCCGAGCGGGUGCCGGUGCCACCGGUUGCCCCCCAGGCGCCAGCCCCGGCUCUUCCCGGGGAGGGGUGGUGGGAAGAGGGCUGGGGAAGGAGCCGGGAGCAGCCCCAAGGGGUGCCCGGACGUGCCAGAGAGGCCGGAGGCUGAGGAUGUGAAACGGGGAAGGGGCAGGAACGGGUCCAGCCGAGCUGCCAUCGCCUUCGGGUCGCAACGUAGCACUUUAAAGGGUCACUUGGGUGGGCACAAUGUGAUGCUCAGGGGGCUCAGAAACCCCACUGUCCCCUCCCUGAGCACCAAAUACCCUUGGGGACAAGCAGGUCCCCAAAGCCCCUUACAUGGGGAUCCCACAUGGUUCUUCCCUGGGGAGCAGUCCCAUCCCCAAGCCUGGGGGAACACGGAGGGGGUCCCUUUGCCCGUGUCCCCCCCCAUUAGCACAGUGAGCUGGGUGUGCACUGGGUGUGCAACACGAGAUCGAUUCACUCCUUUCGUUGGCCAGUUUCUCCUUGGGUUGCUUUCUUUUAUUAGUCUUAUUUAUUAGUAUUAUUACUUCUUUCCCCCCUCCCCUCUUUUUUUUGUAUAUCGAUCAUUUUUGUACAGAACGAGCCUUUUUUGAAUAACAAAGAGAAGAAAAGACAAAAAAGAGACAAAAAAAAAGAGAAAAAAAGAAAAAAGAAUCAUGAUGCAAUUUCUUUGGAUUGCAAAAAGCAACUCUUUACAUUUAAGUGAAGUGUCUUAACAUUUUAUAUUGUUUUAAGAAAUAUAUUUACAUAUUAUAUAUAUAUAAUAUACGUACUAUAAAUAGAAAUAUAUAAAUAUUUAAAGAAGAAAAAAAGAAAAAGAGAAAAGAAAAGAAAAGAAAUAAAUCUUGUCCCGUCUGGUAUCUUAGGGGGUGGAUUUGCUUCCCUGUUAGCCUAUAGCUCCUUGUGAUUUUGAGAGGGUCGGUUCCUAGCGGCUUGUGAGCCCUCGUGCUGAGUCCUCAUUCUCCAUCCAGCACCUUCCUUGUCCUGUCCCCAUCCCCAUCCCUUGCCGGAGCAGGGGGUGGAAGGGGCUGGGUGCCCCCGGGGACGCUGGCACCCAUGGGUGAUGGCCUCGGGGACGCUGGCACCCACCUCCCUGCAGCAAUAGCAGUCACUUGAUGUGUGUUAUUUCCUUUUUUGAUGAUUUUUUCUUGGUACCAAAGUGAAAUACUGUAGCAAAGCCGCAGCUUCUUAUGGCCAGGAUGGGGUCCCCCCACUCUUCUUCCCCAGCCCCAUCCCGCCCUGACCUACACCCAUCCCAGUGCUCCCGUGGGUCCAUCCUGCCGGCACCCAAGGAGGGGGACUCCCGGGCAGCACCCUGUGUCCUGGGACCUGCUGUCCCUAUUUGUCCUGGGGGGAACAAGUGCCACCAGCCCCCCAGUGACAAGGACAUGUGGGUGCAAAGUGGUCAGGGUGGGGGGGAGCUGUAGUUAGUGCAGCCCCAUCCCAGUAGCACCCAUGGGUGUUCCAUCACCCUUCCUACUUGGAGCAAGCUCCAGCUGUUGGGAUGGGGGGGGGGGGGUGUGUCUAUGGGUCUAUUCCCUUUGCUGCACCCCGGCUUUGUCCAGGGACCACCCCCCUCCCAGGCAUCACCAUUGGUGGACCCCCACCUGCAUCCAGAUCACCUUGCGAUGGGUGAUGGAGUGCACGGUGAUGGGUGAUGCGAUGCACAGCGAUGGAUGACAGGUGCACUGGGUGAUGGGGUGCACUGGGUGAUGGGGUGCACCCAUUUCUUUCCCCCUCCCCACAACCCUCCCCACUGCCCAUCAGGCUGGUUUCUCUGUGAGCGUAUGUGUCUCUGCGUGCGUGUGCGUCCGUCCCUUCAUGGCAUCACGCGAACCCUCCGCGAGCACCGAGCCCGGUGCCGGCGCUGAAGCAAAGAGGACAUAAACCCACAUAAACCAAACCCUUCCUUCUGGUUGAGGAGAGAUAAAGAAAAAAAAAAGAAAAAAAAAGGACCAAAAAAAAAAAAAAGAGGAAAACAUUACAAAAAUGAUCCAAAAAAAAACAAGAAAAAGAAGAAGAACCCCAAGCGCUGCCUGCAUCGUGCAUGUGUCGGAGGCGCCCGCUGCAUGCGCACCCCGCUUUACUGUCUGGAUGUUGUUUAAGAAAAAAAAAGGUUACUUGUAAAAGGACACAAAAAAAAAAACAAACAUAAAAAAAAGAGAAAAAAAAUCUAUUCCUCCUACUCUUUAGAAGCUGUUUUUUGGGGUUUCUACCGCGUCGUGUGUCUCCGCAUGAAUUUUUUCUCGUGAACUGUUUUAAAAGCAAAAA